GUGGCGAGAAUGACCCAAGUGUGCGCGGCGCUGGCGCUGGCCACGGCAAUGCUGACGGCCUCCUCUGCGGCAGAGAAGAAGAAGGAGGCGGCGGACGACGAGCUGGUGCUGGGGCUGUUCACGCCCAAGUGCUUCGAGGCCUUCGCGACGCACCACGACUUCGCCAACGUCGAGUGUAUCAAGGCUGUGGUCAGCAAGGCGCUGAGCUACGCCAUCAUCACGGGCAGCCUGAUCCUCAAGCUGCCGCAGAUCCUCAAGAUCCUGGGCGCCAAGGACGUCACGGGGCUCACGCCGAGCGCCUUCUACAUGGAGGUGGUGCUCUACCUGUCCAGCACCAUCUACAACCUGCUGCGCGGCUACCCGCUGAGCACGUGGGGCGAGAACCUCGUGAUUCUGGCGCAGAACGUGAUUCUGGUGCUGCUGCUGUGGGCCUUCUACACACCCAAAAUCCCGGUCUCCACGCGCUUCGGACUCGUGGUGGUGUUCGCUGCCAUGGCGGGCGGGAUGCUGUCCAUCCCGGACGAGUACCAGUGGCUGCUGGCCUCUGCCGGCAUCCCCGUGAGCAUCGUGGCUCGUACGCCUCAGAUCCUGUCGAACUUCAAGCAGGGCCACACGGGCCAGUUGGCGCUCAUUACGCUGGUGCUCAACCUGGCCGGCUCCAUUGCGCGCUUGUUCACGACGCUGCAGGAGACGGGCGACCCGGUGCAGGUGGCGGGCUUCGGUGUGACCAUCGUGCUCAACGGCACGCUCGUGCUGCAGGUGCUGCUGUUCUGGGGAGCUACCAACAAGGCCCUCGCCGAGGCGUCCAAGAAGAAGGCUCAGUAAGAGAUCGGUCGAGUGAGUGAGAGCUGCGUGCUACAGUACAGUAGAGCUCAUGCCGCAGCUUUGGCGGCUGUCGGGGUGUUAUUCUGUAACAAGCCGUGUUGUUGGCCGUCC